CAUGACGCUAACUGCACUCACUAUGGAGGAUCCUCGACUCCUGUUCUGCGUAUCUGUUGCCCUCCUCUCGUAUUUGGCUCUCAAGUACUUCAGUAAGCGGCCCACACUGCCACCCGGUCCUAGGUCGCUUCCCCUCCUCGGAAGCAUGGUCGACAUAACAUCAAAAGAACUUUGGUUGCGUGUCGACGAGUGGGCCAAGAGAUACGGCCCUCUUGUCCGUCUGAGCGUCUUCGGUCAAAACCUGAUCUUUGUUAACGACGCCGACGUCGCGUGCGAGUUGUUUGACAGACGUGGAGCUAUGUAUUCUGGCAAGCCACGGUUUGUCAUGGUUGGCGAGUGGUGUGGUUGUGAAAACAUGAUUUUCUUCACCACCUAUAAUGAAAGACACAAGAGAUACCGAAAGCUCAUGCAGGCUACUCUUGGACCUCGAAACAUCGCAGGGUACCACAAGCAACUCGAAGCCGGCUCGAUUUCUCUUAUCCGCUCUUUGGUAUCCGAUCCCAACAACUACAAUCGCCACUUCCGCCGAUAUGCUGGCGGAUUGACACUUGCCACUGUCUAUGGGUAUACUCCAUCCUCUAGUGACGAUCCGUUCCUCUUGCUGGGAGAGCGGGCUUUGAGCCUCUUGGCAAAUGAGAUGGGCGCAGGAAUUGGAUUAUGGCUUGUGGACGUCUUCCCUGUGCUGAAGCACAUCCCAACAUGGUUCCCUGGCGCAUCCUUCAAGAGAAAUGCUGCGAAAUGGAAGCUUAGGAUGCUUGAAUUUGCUGAUAAGCCGUUCGCGUUUGCUAAAGAGAGCCUGAGGUGUGGCACACCUACGCCGUCGUUCUGCUCAUCGCUUCUUAGCGAAGGCGAGAUCUCUACAGAGCGCGAGGCAGAUAUAAAGUGGACCGCCAAUUCCAUGUACACUGCAAGCGCAGAUCCGACCAUAGCUAUACUAUCGAAUCUUAUCCUUGCAAUGCUACUCCACCCAGAACCUUUCGAUAUAGCUAGGAAAGAGAUGGAAGAAAUCGUUGGAACGGACAGACUACCGACCUUCAAUGAUCGAGCCUCUCUCCCCUACGUAGAAUGCAUUUUCCUGGAAUCAUUGAGAUGGGGAAGCCCGGUGCCACUCGAUCUUCCGCACCUGGUAGAAGAAGAAGACGUUUAUGACGGUAUAACCAUCCCCAAGGGCUCUUUGAUAAUCGCAAACUUGUGGUCAAUGCUCCACGACGAGUCUCGCUACUCUGAUCCGUAUUCAUUCAAGCCCGGACGCUUUAUGAACGUCAGUGAUCCGGAGGCGAAAAAGAAAUUGGAUCCGCGGACCUUUGUUUUCGCAUUUGGAAGACGCCGUUGCCCUGGAGUGGAUCUUGCAAACUCAUCCCUGUGGCUAACGUUGGCUGUAAUGGUAGCUACCAUUGACGUGUCGAAGGCGCGAAACCCGGAUGGAUCGAUUGUAGAACCAAAGAUUGAAUACAAUGACACGUUCUUCAGGAUUGCAUCGCCCUCUAAGAUUAAGAUUCAUCUUCGAUCGACUUUGCUUGACAGGGACACGAAUUG